GUUCCCAUGCUACAUGCUCAUCCAUACCGCACCUGUCUUGAACAAUAAUAAAAGCAUUGAUUACUUUAAUGAAUUCCCCAACCAGCAUGACCUCCUUAGUCAACAAAUCAUUGUCUCCCCCACAAAAAAAGAGAGCAAAGAACAAGAAAAAGAAGAGAAAGGAAAGAAAGAAUUCUAAUCAACACUCUUUACUUUGCUUUCCAUGAAAGCCCUUCUCCUCCCAAAUUCCAGGCUUCUCCUCUGUGGUCUCUUAAAAUCUUAUUACUCGAACUCUCCAUGUUCUUGUUGUUCUGUCUUCUCCUCACCUCACCUAGAUAGAUAAUACAACAUCAGUUCAUAAUUAAUAUUUUGCUCAUAUGCUUCUAAGGUAAUCUCUAUAUAGUUUUUCUUUUCCUUUUCUUUCUCAGAGCAUCUCAAUAUCGUUGGUUUUAUGAAAUUAUUUUCAAAUCAAUUCUUACCAUAAUUUUAUUGUAUCACUGUUUCUUCCGCCCAGUUGUGAAAAGAGUUUUUCAGGUUAUUUUGUCUGGACUAGUACAAAUGGUCCAAACGAUUUUCUUCUCACUCUAGAGUGUGUGCAUCAUGUCAGAACAGCUAAUAGCUUAAAAUCCUAUAGUUUGUAAGGCUUGUGAUGGCAUCACUAGGCACCCCAAAAACAUGGAUUCCAUACGUGAACAAUAAAGACUGUUCUCAAGGAUUUUGUAGCUUAUACUGUCCACAAUGGUGCUACAUCAUUUUCCCUCCUCCACCUCCCCUUGAAUUCCUUGAUGACAAUUCAAGUCCAAAAAUUUCUCCCCUUGUCAUUGCCAUUAUAGGCAUAGUGCUCAGUGUUUUCCUUUUAGUAAUUUACUACUCCAUAAUAUCUAAAUACUGUCGAAACAAUGAUCCAGCAAGGAGAAGGGAUGAAAACCAUGGCCAAAAUGAGGAAUUUGAGGGCGAUCACAACCCCUCUCUCCAUGAGCCUUGGCAUGCUGCAACAACUGGCUUGGAUGAGGCUCUUAUAAGGUCCAUCACAGUAUGCAAGUACAAAAAGGGAGAUGGUUUGAUUGACGGGACAGAUUGCUCAGUUUGUCUCAGCGAGUUUCAAGAAGAUGAGAGCAUUAGGCUUUUGCCUAAGUGCAGCCAUGCUUUCCAUGUUCCUUGCAUUGAUACAUGGCUCCGUUCUCACUCGAAUUGCCCACUGUGUCGUGCCAACAUCGUUUUCUUUAGUGCUUCCCCGUCUCAACUGCCUCCUCCAGUGACUGAAACUCCUCAAGGCAAUGAAUCUUGGCAAAAUAGCCAAGGAUCCGACGACAAUGUGGCUGCUACACAAGGCACGGAAAGGGUUGCCAGAGAUGAGCAAGUGAUGCAGAAUCCUGCUGGGGAUCCGAAGACUCCGUUGCGCGUAUUUAGUGAUUUGGGAAACUUGGAAGAGAGAGAUACCAUAAUUGAGAUGCGAGAUAUUGAUGGGUAUCAACGCAUAAGGAGAUCAGUUUCAAUGGAUCAUCCCUGUCAAUGCGACGCUUCUGUCGCUGAUAUUUUACGCAUGAAUCAGGAUGGAGUCGUUCGAGUAGAAGACCGUUCAGGAGAUGUUGGAUCAUCAAAACAUUCAGCAGAAGACAGCAGAUUCACGUCUAGCAACAGAAGAAGAGUCUUGCAGUGUGUGCUUAAUCCCGUUACCAUGAAGAGAUCAUUUUCAAGCGGAAGAUUCUUUCCCACCGGCCAUGGAAGAGUAUGUGAUGCCGCUAGUCCUGUUUAAACGGAGAAACUCCGAUUUUUUUUUUUUUUUAGAGAGGAAAUUGUUAUUAGAAUGAUGAAGAAAUACAAGAAUUAUCGACGGUCAUGAUUUCCAUUAAUCAAUGUUAUGAUAAAGCUAUGUAAGUGUGAGAAUUGUGUUCCUCUAUAUAUAAAAUUGAUGAGGGAUAUCAAUGUUUCUCGCAAAUUUUGUUCUGUCAGCAUUUUGUUUGUUCUGCAUGAGGGAUAUGCAGAUGUUUUCAUCUAUUUGGUAA